AUGGAACGUCCUCGAACGCUCCUGUUGGCCUGUGUCCUGCUGCUGGCAGGUGAGUCGCUGGGCGUCGACGACUCGCGGUGGCUGGACGCCGAGGAUUUCGUCCGUCCGUUGUACCCACGCAGGAACCUGGCGCUGACCAACACGUUGGCUAGCGUCAUGCACGACAUCAUCCACCAGAGCGGCCCGUUCACCGCGUUCACUCUGCCGCCGUUCUUCGAAAUCCCAGACCUGCUCGAGAUGGUACAGCAACAGCUGGAGAUUACUGAAAACGUGCCAGUGUCCGAGGACUGCUUCGCGGACGUGUUGUUUUUCGUUCGUGAAGUGGUCAAGUUUACGACCGCCAUCAGGACAACGAUUUCGAACGAGUGCGACGAGGAGAUGAACCUCGAGAUGAAGCGAGUUUGUGAGUUGUCGGUGGCCGCCGCGUUGAACAGCACCUCGUGGGUCGCCGCAGGUAAGCCACGCCUUCCUAUCGAUUCUGAACAAACCUCAAAAGCUAACGUAAAACAUACAUGUUAAUA